AUGAUGCUCUUAAAACGAUUUCAUGCACAUAAAGACGACUAUGACAUAAGGCAAUCAAUAAUCCGAAACGAUUUAUUUAUCAAGAUGGUGGAAAGUAAAACAUCGACUGCAAAUUUGCAAGCUACUGAAACACAAGAACCAACAGUUCUCGAAACUACAGUAUAUUCUGAUAAAGUAGAGAAGAAAUCUAAACUGGUGCCUAUCUUUUUAUCUUGUAUAUUCUGCGGCAUUGUGAUACUAAUCGGUAUUGUUGUUGUCUGUCGCACCAUUUCCGUACAAUCAGCUUCACCGUGUGGUAUAAAUUUUAUUCCAACACCAGUAAAUCCAAUUGAAUACAACUAUCGUCCGCGAUCGGUUGCCGUUGGUGAUUUCAAUCUGGACGGCAUUUUAGAUCUAGCUGUCGCUAAUUCAGCUGUUGACAAUAUUGUCAUAUUUCUUCGGUAUGUGAAUGAUACUAUUGAGAACAAUUCGAUGACCUUUGCAUUGGACGCUGGCUCAACUCCGUAUAUGCUUGCUGUCAAGGAUCUCAAUGAUGACAAUCGACUAGACAUUGCUGUCGCAAAUUACGGUACACAUACCAUAGAUGUCCUCGUUGGUCUAGAAAAUCAAUCGUUUGCGAAAUUUACCACGCUUUCAACGGGUACGGCACGUCCAAUUGCGAUUUUGAUAGACGAUUUGAAUGGUGAUCAAAUAAUGGAUCUUGUUNCAUAG